UUUCCCACAUAAAUUAGAAAAGGAAGGAAUAGCCACAAACACAACUCGCCUUCAAUUCGCAUCCCAAUCGAAGCCCUAAUUCGUCCCCAAACGCCGUUGUGGACGGUUUCGCGGCGGCUACUGUCGUCGCCGCUGUAACAGAGCCUAAUUGAGUUCCUGUAGCUAGGUUUCGUCUAGUUUAUUCACUUUUGGCGAUCGAAGUAUCAUUUAUAAUUGCCGCUGGUGUGUUCUUCUCUGGCGCCGUGUUUACUAAUCUACUCACCUCACCCGCAAUUAGACUAAUCAUAUAAGCUAAGUUCCUGCUAUUGUGCGCAAUACAAGCGUUGCGAGGAGGGAGUCUGCUGAUGUUUUAAUUUACAUAUUUUGGAGUUGAAGGGAUUGUUGUUGUUGUUGUUGUUGUUUAACUAGUGCCUGGAUCAAUGGAAGAUCCUAAAGCAAAAUCGAGGAGAGAGGGUUCUGUAAACGACGAAAACAAGAAUAAUCACCAUAGAGAAGAACGAAGUCAUGAAAAGGAGAGGAAUGGAGAGAGGAAGAGGGAUAGGGACCGAGAUAGCCGCCAUGAGAGAGAGGACAGUGGUGAUGACAAGCACAGGGACAGAGAAAAGCACAGGAGCAGGCAUCGUGAGAAAACAAAGAACCGGGAUGAUGAAAGGGCACGAGAUAAAGCCAGAGGCAGAGACAAGGACAGGGAUGAUAGAGAGGUUGACAGAGAUAGAGAAGACAGAGAUCGAGAGAAAGAAAGGGGAAAGGAUAAAGAUAGAGUGCGGGAGCAUAGAGAGAAGGAAAGACAUAGAGAACGAGAAAGGGAGAAAGAGAAGGAGAGAGACAAAAGGGAGAAGGAGAAAGAUAGGGAGAGGGAAAGGGAUAAAGACAGAGACAGGAAAGAGAAGGAGAAAGUUCAGGAAAGAGAAAGACGUCGAGACUUGGAUAGGUCGUAUAGUAGCGAUGAUGAUGUUCAUAGAGACCAUGAUAGGAAAAGGCGCCGUAGAGAGGAGGAUCAUCAGAACAGCAAUGCAGAACAAAGCGGAAAAGUGCACAGGAACCGAGAUGGAAGUCAUGACAGCAGCUCUCGCAAAAAGGUUGAUGCAAACACAGAGAUCAGUAAAGAAAAGACUCGGGAAGAAGAUCUUGCUGAAGAGCAAAAGAGAUUGGAUGAGGAGAUGGAAAAACGAAGGAGAAGAGUACAAGAGUGGCAGGAGCUAAGAAGGAAGAAAGAGGAAUCUGAGAAAGAAAAACUUGGUGUUCCAGCGGCUGCUGAACCCAAGUCUGGCAAGACAUGGACCUUGGAAGGAGAAUCUGAUGAUGAAGAUGCUGGUCCUGACGGUAAAUCAGCUAUGGAUGUUGAUGAGGAUGUAGUUGUAAAGCCUGAUGAGGAAAAUGAUGGAAAUGCCAUGUCUUCCAAUUCCGAGAAUGUAGCUAUUCCUGCUGCACAAAACGGUGCUGAUCAAGCUAAUGAGGGUGUCGAAAUAGAUCCAUUGGAUGCCUUUAUGCAUUCUUUGGUGUUGCCUGAAGUUGAGAAGCUUAACAGCAGCGUGCCUCCUGUUUCAAACGAAUCUGGUCCUGAAUUGGUUCAAGGAAAUGCUAAGGCAAGCAUGGGAAACUCUAAAAAGGGGAUGAACAAAUCCAUGGGAAGAAUUAUUCCCGGGGAGGAAUCAGAUUCAGAUUAUGGAGAUCUUGAAAAUGAUGAUAAGCCCUCGGAAGAUGAAGAUGAUGAAGAAUUCAUGAAGCGGGUGAAGAAGACCAAAGUGGAAAAGCUGUCAAUUGUUGACCAUUCAAAAAUUGAUUAUCCUCCUUUCCGAAAAAACUUCUAUAUUGAAGUGAAGGAAAUAUCCAGGAUGACACCUGAAGAGGUGGCUUCAUACAGGAAACAGCUUGAAUUGAAGAUACAUGGUAAAGACGUCCCAAAACCCGUGAAAACCUGGCAUCAGACUGGAUUGUCUACCAAAAUCUUGGAUAAUAUAAAGAAGUUGAAUUACGAAAAGCCAAUGCCCAUUCAAGCUCAGGCCUUACCUAUAAUAAUGAGCGGCCGUGACUGCAUUGGCAUUGCCAAAACAGGAUCCGGGAAGACCCUGGCAUUUGUGUUACCAAUGUUGAGACACAUUAAAGACCAACCUCCACUGGUCUCUGGAGAUGGACCAAUUGGACUGGUCAUGGCUCCCACCAGAGAACUUGUACAACAAAUUCACAUUGAUAUUAAGAGGUUUGCAAAGGUGAUGGGUCUCAGCUGUGUGCCCGUAUAUGGCGGUUCUGGGGUUGCACAGCAGAUUAGUGAAUUGAAACGCGGGGCUGAGAUUGUUGUUUGUACACCCGGUCGAAUGAUUGAUAUACUCUGCACGAGUGGUGGUAAGAUAACAAACCUCAGACGUGUCACGUACUUGGUAAUGGAUGAAGCGGAUCGCAUGUUUGAUAUGGGUUUUGAGCCUCAGAUCACAAGAAUUGUCCAAAAUACUAGGCCGGAUCGUCAAACUGUGCUGUUCUCCGCAACCUUCCCUCGCCAAGUUGAAAUUUUGGCACGUAAGGUGUUGAACAAACCUGUGGAGAUACAAGUUGGCGGGAGAAGUGUGGUGAACAAGGACAUUACCCAGCUUGUUGAGGUAAGACCAGAAAGUGAUAGGUUCCUUAGACUCUUGGAAUUACUUGGAGAAUGGUACGAGAAGGGAAAAAUUUUGAUCUUUGUCCACUCGCAAGAGAAAUGCGAUGCGUUGUUCAAGGAUUUACUUAGGUCUGGAUAUCCAUGCCUUUCACUGCACGGUGCAAAGGAUCAGACUGACCGGGAGUCCACAAUAUCAGACUUUAAGAGUAAUGUAUGCAAUUUAUUGAUUGCCACGAGCAUUGCUGCUAGAGGAUUAGAUGUGAAGGAGCUCGAACUAGUUAUCAAUUUUGAUGUCCCUAACCAUUAUGAGGACUAUGUUCAUCGUGUUGGUAGAACAGGGCGAGCUGGCAAGAAAGGGUGUGCCAUCACAUUUGUGUCCGAGGAAGAUGCCAGAUAUGCACCGGAUCUUGUAAAAGCUCUCGAACUGUCAGAGCAGAGCGUUCCGGAUGAUCUCCGAGCUCUUGCCGAUGGAUUUAUGACAAAGGUGAAUCAGGGGCUGGAGCAAGCCCAUGGAACUGGUUAUGGCGGAAGUGGUUUCAAGUUUAAUGAAGAGGAGGAUGAGGUGAGGAAGGCGGCAAAGAAAGCGCAGGCGAAAGAAUAUGGGUUUGAGGAAGAUAAAUCCGAUUCAGAUGAUGAAGAUGAAGGCAUUAGAAAAGCAGGCGGCGAUAUUUCUCACCAGGCUGCGCUUGCUCAGGCUGCGGCGCUCGCUGCUGCAUCCAAAGGGAGCGUUCCUGCAGCUACGGCACCUAUCACAGGAGGUCAGUUACUUUCUAAUGGUGGUGGAUUACCGGUUUCUCUGCCCAGUGUUCUUGGCUUGGCGAUUCCGGGUGUGGCGACUGUGCCGGGGACUGCACUGCCGGUUGGCGGUGGUGAUGGGGCGGCAAGGGCUGCAGCGCUGGCGGCUGCCAUGAAUUUGCAGCACAACUUGGCGAAGAUUCAGGCGGAUGCGAUGCCUGAGCAUUAUGAAGCAGAGUUGGAAAUAAAUGAUUUCCCACAAAAUGCGCGGUGGAAGGUGACACACAAGGAAACUCUAGGCCCGAUUUCUGAAUGGACUGGAGCUGCUAUCACGACAAGAGGACAGUAUUAUCCGCCGGGUCGGGUUGUAGGGCCUGGGGAAAGAAAGCUUUACUUGUUUAUCGAAGGUCCGACCGAGCAAUCUGUGAAGAGGGCAAAGGCGGAACUGAAGCGUGUGUUGGAGGAUAUCACGAACCAAGUGACGUCCCUUCCGGGAUCGGCACAACCCGGCCGGUACUCUGUUAUCUGAAAGGAAGCAGCCUCUAUCAAUCCAACGGUGAUUGUGCUUCUUUUGGGGUGUUAUAGUGAAAAUGAUCAAAUUUUUGGGUGAUUUGUGUUUAUGUUCCCUGCUAUUUAUGGAAAUUUUAUCGUCGAAUUUACUUAAAAUGUGUCAUGAUAUCAAUUUGCUCCGAGCCUAUAUUACUUACGUGAACUGGUGAGAGACAUUAUAGCAUUUGGUCUCAUCUUAGGCAAGACUUGUUUCUGGGAAUCAAAAUACUAGUAUAUUUUUAGGCGUUGUGAGUUUUUAUUGGGGGCAAAUUUUGGUUGUUCUCAAGUGUUGCUUAUGCUUAGUAAUCCCUCCAUUCCAAACAAAUGCAACAUGUACUUUUGGCA